AUGAGUCGAGAGGGAUGGAUGAAGAAGAAAUCUCAUGCAAGUGAUGACAAUGGCUGGGCUGCAAGGGGUGGCUAUAUGGCAGCCAAAGUUGCCAAGCUGGAUGAACAGUUCAAACUUGCUGCCCCCAGAGAAAAACAAAAAGAAGGCACAUCUUCGACUAUUUUUAGGGGCAUUGCAAUCUUUGUUAAUGGAUACACAGUUCCCAGUGCAGAUGAGUUGCGCAGGCUGAUGAUGCUGCACGGUGGUCAAUUCCAUGGUUACUACAGUCGCUCUAAAACAACUCACAUUAUUGCAAAUAAUUUGCCCAAUAGUAAGAUUCAGGAUCUGAAAGGGGAAAAGGUUAUUCGACCCGAGUGGAUCACCGACAGUGUCAAAGCUGGACGACUUCUUCCGCAUCUCCAGUACCAACUCUAUGCUAAAGGCAAAGUCUCUAGAUACUUCUCACAAAAACGUCGACCCUAA